CCCUUGGUGAUGGUAGAAGGCUCAGGAGCUAUCGGCAACGGCAAUGGCAAACAACAUAGGGGCCGACAAUUAUCAUGACCACUGGAGAAGGCCGAUAGUCGAUCGCAAUCGAUCGGCGAAGACAAACAAACGAUCGAGGAAGAUGAAUGCAAACAGCCACGACAGCCGGAGAAGGCAGACAGACUGCCAUAAUCGACCGAAGAGGACGAAGGCAAAUGGACAAUCGAUUAUAUGCUCAAAUGAUUGCAAUUCAUAAUUACACCUCCAAGUCUACUAGACCCUGUUGUAUUCUACUCAAUAUUGUCCAAAAACUCGUUUCAUCAACUGUUUAAUCAUUCUUUUCUGGUUUUUACUUCUUCUUUUUUUUGUCUUUGGUCUUUGAGUUUGUCGAUUGGUUUCUGCCUUAAAAGUUCUCCUUUUCUACUACAAUGAUUUCCUGGUUCUCCUUGCUUGAUGAAAAUCUUUGGAUUACUAGGCUGCACAUCAUGUAAUGUCAGGUACAAACUCUGGGCACCGAUAUGCAUUUUCCUUCCAUUGCUAAAUGGAAAACAAAAAUCGUUGCCAUCUGCAUUACCAAUCAAUCUUCAUUCCCACAAUUUUGUCGGCGGGUUGAACAAAACUCCUAGACUUAUGAUCUGAUUAGAACUCUGUGAAUGACAUGGUUGUAACAAUUCCUCAUCAUUUCGAAACAAAGCAGGAAGAUCCACCCCCUCCGCCCCUUUUUGUUUCCUUUUAGUAAAGAUAAUCAUGCCUUUAAUCGCAAAAGUUAACCAAGUGUGUGAUCACAGAAUCCAUAAAGUCCACUAUAAUUGGAAUGCUUAUCGCCUUUCUGAUCAUUCAAGACAAAGUAGCUAUGAUUUUGCCGCCUUCUUUUCUAAAGGCAAUUGUGCCUUUACCAUCAAAAGCCCAUUCCAUAUCAUCCCAUUGGAAUUCACAAAUAUACAAACUUUGUCUCUAGAGCAUUUGGAAUUGGAAGUAACUACCUCAUAUAGUACCAUGUCUUUGACCUUGUACAUCUAAAUUUAGGUGUUUCUGAACUGUACAUGCUUAAUAACAAAGUUUUGGACUGGUCAUAAUUUUCCCCAGCCAUCCAAACUCGAAAGUUCAUGCGUCGAUCCAUGAAUGAACAGAUUCAGGUUAGCUGUAAAAACUUCCAAGUUGUUUGUACAUGAAGGUCACAGCAUAGCUGUAAUUCCUGUUAGUGCAAUAUAUAUAUAUAUAUAUAUAUAAACUAGCAAAUGGAAUUUCAUGUAGCUGAGUCAAUGGACGUCCCCAUCUGCUAUAAAAUAUUUUUCUAGUGGACGUCUACAGUAAUAGAUUCAUGCUCAUACACACAAAUAUGCAUCUAUGCUGCUUUUCUUCUCCAAGGCUAGGACAACUAACAACCACCCUAUUUAAUAUAGCCCCAACCUAGAUGGACAAAGCCAACCUUUUCUGUAUAAUCUAGAAAAUGGUGUUUGAAUCUCAGACAUCCAUACAACUACCAAUCGUAGACAUUUCUCAGCCACUGGAACCAUCUUCUCUGUCCUCUCUUGUUGAAGCCUGCAAAGAAUUGGGUUUCUUCCACAUUACCAAUCAUGGGAUUUCGAAAGAGCUUUAUGCCAAAAUCCGCUCACUCUCAGAAUACCUCUUCGGCCUCCCUGAUGACAGAAAAAUUAAACUUGGUCCUUUCUCAUCGAUAAGAACUUACACUCCGCAUUACAUAGCAUCUCCUUUCUUUGAAAGCCUCAGAGUGUCUGGACCAGAUUUCUCUAGCUCUGCUCAGAGUUCUGCUGAUGUUCUCUUCGACGAUCACAAUUCUGAAUUCAGUGAACUAUUGCUAGAAUAUGGGAGCAAAAUGACAGAAUUGUCAGAGAAAAUUGUGAAGAUUGUGUUAAGGAUCCUGGGAGAUGAUAUUGAAAGGAAGUACUAUGACUUGGAAUUCAAAAACUGCCACGGCUAUUUGAGGAUAAUAAACUACGCGUCUCCAGGGAGCUUGGAAGAAGUUGAGGGUCUCGGGAUGCAUACUGACAUGAGCUGUGUAACAAUUGUGUAUCAAGAUGAAAUUGGCGGCCUCCAAGUGCGAUCAAACCAUGGAAACUGGAUCAACAUUGUUCCAUGUGAAGGGACCCUUGUGGUUAAUAUUGGCGAUAUGCUGCAAGCUUGGAGCAAUGAGAGGUUAAGAUCAUCAGAACACCGGGUUGUACUAAAGAAACUGGUGAACCGUUUUUCUCUGGCUUUCUUUUGGUGCUUUGAGGAUGAGAAAGUGAUUUUGGCACCUGAUGAUGUGGUAGGAGGAGGAGGUAAAAGGAUGUACAAUCCAUUUGUUUGUGCAGAUUAUCUGAAAUUCAGAGAGAGCAACGAGAAAGGCAACUUUGACAAGGUUGGCUUUACAGUUAAAGAUUUUGCUGCAAUUGGACAUAAAUUUAGCACUUGAAAAUGUUGAAAGUAAUUUCCAUUCUAGUUGAAUCCAUUUUCAUCUCUUCUUGUGCAAUAAGUUUGCAAAACUGGGAUUCGCUUAAAGCUCCUUGUAUGAAGUUCUUGUGUUUGUUGUCAUAAUGCAAUCUUAAUUAGUUUCUUGUGAUCAUAUUCGAGAAUUGUAUUACUUGUUUGACUUCUCAGUAGCUAAUAAAUUCCUGUACAAUAA